AAAACUACAUGAACCUUUAAUCUAACUAUGUAUGACACUUUAUUAAUCUUAUAUGAUCUUCACACAUGCAGCCGAGAAAAUAUACGACGUCCCCCGAGAACUAAGAACCAACCCGCCUUUCACACCACUCCAACACACCUUUUUAUUCCCUCACAAGAUCCCUGUACUCUUUCACCGUCGCAACCGAAAAUGGAAACCCACCACCACCCACUUCUCUCCUUCCUCCUCCUCCUCCUCCUCCCUUUCUCCUCACACUCUUUGCCUCUCUCAACCAACAACCGCUGGAUCGUCGACUCGGCCACCGGCCAGCGAGUCAAGCUCGCCUGCGCCAACUGGCCCGGCGCCGCCGAGACCAUGCUCCCCGAGGGCCUCGACCGGCAGCCGCUCCCCAACAUCGUGGCCGCCAUCCGCCGGCUCGGCUUCAACUGCGUCCGGCUCACCUACGCCACGUACAUGGUCACCCGCCACGCCGGCGACCGGGUGGGCCGCACGUUCGACGGCCUGGGCCUCGGUUCGGUUAAGGACGAGAUCGCGAGGUUCAACCCGCUGGUCGUGCGGAUGACUCACCUCCAGGCGUUCGACGCCGUUUUGGACGAGCUCGGCAGGCAGGGCGUGAUGGUUGAUAUUGAUAACCACGUCAGCAAGCCGAUGUGGUGCUGUAGGGAGAAGGACGGGAAUGGGUUCUUUGGCGACGAGUACUUUGACCCGAAAGAGUGGCUGCUUGGGUUGACCGUCCUGGCCCGACGCUACGUCUACAAACCUCAGGUGAUAGGGAUGGGGCUGAGGAACGAGCUGAGGGGUGAAAGGCAGAGCGAGUCCACGUGGCGGAAGUACGUAACCCUAGCGGGGAACGCGAUCCACGUGGCAAACCCUAACGUGCUGAUAUUCGCCGGAGGGAUAAGCUACGCCUCCGUGCUGUCCUUCUUAAAAAAGAAGCCGCUGAGCAGCAACUUCGGGAACAAGCUGGUGUACGAGUCCCACUGGUACCCGUUCACGGCCGGGCCGGAGAAGGUCUGGACGGAGAAGCCGCUCAACCAGCUCUGCCGUGCCAAGAUCGACGGGUACGUCAACAGCACCGCGUUCUCGUUCACCGCCGGCGGCUCUUCUUCCGUGCCGUUGUUUGUCGGCGAGGUCGGGAUACCUGGGACGGAGGUGAAGAAGUCGAGCGACAACUUUUUGUCGUGUUUCGCCACGUGGGCCGCGGAGAAUGACCUGGAUUGGGCCUGGUGGGGAUUGCAAGGCGGGUAUUACUUCCGGGAUAAUAGGACCGGAAUGGAUGAGUAUUUUGGGGCCUUGUCUUACUUCUGGGACCGGCCCAGGAACCCUUUCCUCUUGAACAGGCUCCGGUUGAUGCAGCUCAAAAACCAAGAUCCGACUUCACGAGUGGGGAAAGCGUACUUGCUGUUCCACCCGCAGACAGGAGACUGCAUGAUCAACAACAACCUUAGGGAGAUCUACGCCGGGCACUGCGGGCGGCAGAGCAGCCGGUUUCUGUACGCCGGAGACGGGUCGCCGAUCAUGUUGGCAGGCAGCAACUACUGCCUAAGAGCCGGCGGGGACGGUGUUAGGGUUCAGCUGACGACGGCGUGCAACGCGGCGGAGAGCAAGUGGUGGAGGGUGUCGAGCUCCAAGCUUCAUCUUGCGGCGAAGGAGGAGAAGACGGGAGAGUAUGUUUGCUUGAAUCGGGAUUCGGUUUUCACGUCGGAUGUGUUCACUAGGAAGUGCGUGUGCCUGGUUGGGUAUGAAACUGGGUGCAUGAAUGGAGGGGAUUUGGAGCCUACUGCUCAGUGGUUCAAAUUGGUCGAGACCAAUGUUCUUUAUAUUAAUUAAACUGGUGCUUGUCACUAGCCCAUAGAGUAAUAUUGGUCUCCGGCCAGGGAGAAUAGAAGAAGCCCUAGUAGUUAAUGGAAGCCAGUUCUGGCUCAAAAAUAGUGAGUUUCCCUUUGAUUUUGGAGAGUUAUGAAUUAUGAUAUAUUUGAUCCUCAAUUAUAUGAGAAAUUUUACAAUGCUAUAUAGUAUUGGUGCUAUAGGAUUUUUCCUUUAUGGUACAACUUAAAAUUGUACAUUUACGUUAUGGUACAACUUCAGAUUGUACCUAUACUUUUUGUACAAAUUCUUUUAUGGUACAACUUGAAUUUGUACUUUUAUGUGAUGGUACAAAUUGUUUUAUGGUACAACCUAAACUUAUACAUUUAAUGUUAUGGUACAACUUUAAGUUGUACAUUAAAGCACCAAUACUAUAUAGCAUAGUAGAAGUCCUCUCAAUUAUAUAUCAAUGUUUUCCUAUCAGAAUACGUGUACUAGUUUUUUUCCCUAACAUAAUUUUUGUUAAAAGAUUGCUAAUAUUCUGUUGAACGGUGACUCAAUUACUCGUUGGACACACCUAUUAGGCGUUCAUUCAGUAAAAAAAAAAAAGAGAUGUAAUUACAAAUUUAUCAUUGUUAUUUUGAUCAUUCGUUUUUUUAGUUUCGAUAAAAGAUAGGCCGAUUU